UGUGGGAUUUUUUUGAAUUGUUUUUCCGUGUCAGUCGGCCCGGAGAAAGAAAUCGGCCUUCGUAGCAGACGCUUCGUACGAGUACGAGUAGUACUCGUAGUAUUGCGAGAACCGCAAUGAGUCGGAAAUCUGUCACACGAAUCUCCAAUCAACUCUUCGUUGAUGUUGAUGUUGAUGUUGCUGUUGUCAUCGCAUCGAACCACUCGAAGAGGCACAAGCACAAGCACCGGAAGCUGGGCACAACGCGGAAAGAAACAAAGCCUUGAUGAAAGGCUAGCUCGAAUCGAUCGAUCGGAUCCUUUUCCCACGGGCAGCAGUUACAUUUUCGAACAAGAAUCCCCCAUCGAGAAUGAGAACGAAGGCUUCCGCCACCGCCCUUGCGCUCGGCAUCUGCCACGCAAUCAUCCCUGUGGAGAGUGCUAGACCCCUUGUGUUUGGACUCUCUGCCUUUGCACCGACGCCGGCGCGAAAGCAGCACGGCAGAACGCACGGCAGAAGCCACCGCUCCCUGGAUUGGGCGGGGAGCAAGAGCCGCCUGGGAGCGGCCCCGAGCGAAAAAGAAACGGGCCUGCCCAACAUCGAGGGACUGCUCCCGGAGAGGGAACUGGAGCGCCUGGUGGCGGUGGACGAGACGGUCCGGGCCCUCAAAAAGCAGCUGCCCACCAUCCUGACCAGGCCCCUCACCCCGGCCGUGGCGGAGGACGCCUUCUGCAAGGAAGGCUUUUGCCUGAGCGUCCUGGUCGACGUCGACGUCGACGACGAGAGCGAGAGCCAGAAAGCCUACAAGGGAUCCCUCGGAGGCACCGGUGCCGGUGCCGGUGCCUACGACGAGCAACGGAGGAAACCACCGUCCGAAAGGAUUGCCGAAAGGAUUCCCGACGAGAUUGUCCUCCUGAACGGCCGGGACGAGCUGGUGGCACUCGGCGACGUUCUGGUUCUGGCGACCGCCCUGGCCCGGCAGGCCGUUCUGGUGACGGGCACCAUGGAAACCGGGGUGGGCAUCGAGUGCCAGCUGAUCCUGGACGAGGCCUGCGAGACCGUCCGGAUACCCUGGAGGGCCAAGACGCCGGUCCCCGGAUCCCUACCGGUCUCGGCGGCGGCCGACAAGAGAUUCAACUACCUGGAGGGCAUUACCGAUUGCUACCUGCGCACGAGCAGCGACAGCGAAACCGACGGCCAAAACAACAGCGGCACCGGCAGGGUGCAUCGGAUGGUGGUCCGAAAGGCGACCUUCAACGGACGCACCCUCAACGGGCCGGCCAUCGGCCAGGCCCUCAAGGGCAUCCAGUCGACCGUCGCCAACCUGCAGCAGAACCCGAUCCUCCAAAACAUUGUGGGGGCGGCACAGCAGCAGCAACAACAACAACAAGAGCAGCGGCAACGGCAACAGCAGCCACGGGACGGAAGCGGGACAAGCAGGGGACCCAGCCUCUUCAACACCCUGCGAGACGAAUUCCUGGGCCAGGCGGCAACGGCCGUAUCGGCGAGGCUGUCCCCGCCACCGAAAGAAUCCGCGGCUGCCACUGGUGGGGAGGGCACUCCUUCUUCCAGCGAAGGGUCUGCCGUCCCGGUGUUCCGGGUGGCAUCGAUCGCCGACCUGCCGCUCGAUGUGGACCGUGCCUGGCUAGACGAGGACUCCAUCCGGACCAAGGCAGAACCCUUGGAGACCGCCACCCCGUGCCCCGGCACCGAGGAAUGGAAGGACUUUGUCGAUGCGAGUUUUUCGCUCCGGCGCUUUUGCAGCGAGGUGAUUCCCCAGCUCUCCGAUCUCAACAUCGUGGAUUCGAACCUCUUUGCCGGCGAUGCUUCCUACAAGAACGCCGCCGACGGCACGGUUCUGCUGGCCGGGAGGGAAUCCCUCGCCGGCUUUUUCCAGAGCAUUGCGCUGACCCGAAAGGGGACGGGGAUCUCCUGGGAAACAAGGGGCUGCGAGGUGCUGGACUGGAAGAACCGCACCGUUGCCGUUCGCUACGAAAUGGCCACCAAGGGCUUUCCCCUGUGGACGGUCUCGGGCCGGGACGUCUACGUCCUGGACGCCACCCUUUCGUCGGGGGAGCGUCCCGUCGUCUUGGAAAUCCUGCAGGGACCGCUCGUCGCCAGGGGGCCCAACCAGAACGAGAUCCCGCUGGACGGCUUGUGGCUGGUGGACAAUUUGUCCAGCGCGCUGGGGGUCGACGGGGCCUCUCCGGGAACGACCCUGCCACGGGACUUUCUGACGGAGCUCCUGCGGAACCAGCUGCCGGGCCCCGGUCCCCCCAAGCCGCCGACGAAAAGAAGGAGGAGGCUUUCCGAGCAUGCGGCGGCCUCGGUCUACUACAUCAUGGCGGACCUGCACGAGCAGGGCCUUUCGCUCUUCGACACUGAGUCGACCACCGGGCCCUCCCCCCCCGCCAUCGAGUACAUGGCGGAGAACCUUGCCCUGAGGGGAUACCUCGGGGAGCCCAUCCUCAGGGGAUCGGCCCUCUACGACCGAUCGGUCCGCUCCGUCCUCUUUGCCCUGCGCGAGUCCGUCAAGCGCGGGCGGCUGAGGGUGGAAGGCCCCCCCGUUCCCCCCCGCGUCGAGCUGAGGGAAAACCCCGAGGGAUGCGUUUUCGUCCGCCUCACGCUGACCGUUGCGUUCCGGAUCCCGCCGCCGGGGCCGGGGAUCCUGCAACAAGCGGCGGACUCCCUCGGGCCGGCUUCCGGCCUGCCGCUGAGGGUCGAGCUGGUUUCGGACUAUGGGAUCGAUCCGGAGAGGGGGAAGAUCACCGAGCACCGGCUGGUCGAAACGCGGAUCAACGGCCAGCUCACGGCCGGGGACCAGGUGUCCCUGUGGAUGAAGCGCUUCCUCAACGCGGAGGGGAACAUUGCCGCCGGAGGGAGCGAACCAAGCCGGGCCGAGGAAAGGGCACUCGGGGCCAUCGCCGACGCCCUCUCCUGGUUUCGGUCGGGGUGACCUUCGCACGGACGCACGCCACGUGCACAGCGAAGAGAACACGAAAACGAAGCUUGGUGUUGUGGUUUGGAUUGCAUUGGAUUUGAUUUUAUUUGAUUGAAUUGAAUUUGAUAUAAUUUCGGAUAAAGCUAGUUCGAAUGC